AUGGCAAUCAUCGGGGAGAUUGAAUCAGAUUCUCCAGCCAUGGAUGAAAUUUCGACAUCAUCCUCGAACAUGUUGGAGCCAGAAGGUGCGAUCUCCCAGAAUGCCGGCUCCGUUGCCGUACCUGCAGGUGCGACCUCCCAGAAUGCCGGCUCCGUGGCUGUACCUGCAGGUACGACCUCCCAGAAUGCCGGCUCCGUUGCCGUACCAGCAGGUUUGAUAGCCCAGCAAAGCACACAAGGACUUGGCAGUUCCAACUGUUACGAGAUAACGUUCGGUGGUGACGGUAAACCACAGGUCAAGCGUGUCCCUGAUACGGCUCAGCUUUUCUCGACCUACUACAGCAACGAUGGCUUCUUCAUCUUCAACAGCGGCACAAUAGGGUCAAUAAAUGUCGGAGGUUCCAGAGUGUCAUCUUUACGGAUAUUGGAUGGUACGCGGGAGGAAAAAGUAAGAGCGUUGAGAGACGCAAGUCUGGAAGUGUUGAAGGCGUUGAAGUCGGUCAAGCAGACGAGGUCACUGAUGUUGUCCAUCAGAGAAGGUUUAAGGUCAAGGGUGUAUGAGUCAGCCAGGCAAGCAAGGGCACGUGUAAUAGACGCAACCCGACAGUCAAGGUUAGCGGAAGUGAGUGAAGAGGUGAUAUCAGAUGAAGAGGAGGGUAUGGAAUCUGAAGAAGAGGAAGAUAAUGGAGAGGAAAAUGAAGAGGAGGAAGAAGACAAUGGAGAGGAAAAUGAAGAGGAGGAAGAAGAGAACGGAGAUCCAACUGAGGAGGAAGAGACAGGAGAAGUAUCUGAAACUGCAGAAGGCUAUAACACCGUCAACAUCUACGGUGCUGACAUCACCAGGAUGCCCGUGCCGUACUUUUCGAAUUAUUUCCCCAGUGGUAGCACUAACACAGUGGUUGUCAACGGUGUGAAUAUCACCAGCAGCGCGCCCUACCAGUUGAAUUAUUUCCUCAAUGGUAGCACUAACACAGUGGCUGUCAACGGCACCAGUAACACAGUAGUCAACAGUGCUAAUAUCACCAGCACCGCGCCCUACCAGUGGAAUUAUUUCCACACUGGUAUCAGUAACACAGUAGUUGUCAACGGUACGUCAGUGACGGUCGACGGACAAACUGUCGGUCUACAGGGCAACAUGAACGUCAUCAAUGGAGGAAGUCAAAUAAUCUUCAAUUGAAAUUUUGGUUUUCAAUAAAGACAAAGCUGCAAUAAUGAAACAGGUGAAUAAAUGAGUCGCAUCAUGUUUACUGCGGGCCUCUAAUGUGUGUGUCCUCAUUCCAAGCUCGGAACUCUAUACAGUCCAUCAUGGCCCGUGAUUUUGUGUUUCCCAUCAUGGUCCGGCUUGUCCGGCCUUUUCCAACUAAUCAGCCAACGUUACAAAAUAUGUUACUAAUUAACUUAUGAAUAUUUUAAAAUGUAAUGCAUUACCUUCUAUCAGUGGAGACCAUUGUAGUCAGGAGCUUAAAAGGUCGACUUUCCCCAACCCCUUGCUCCCCUACUUCGCUACUCACACAAAUCAUGUACACACACACACACACACAUUUGCACACACAUUGAUGUACUCUCACAACACACACACACAUACUUCACACAGGCACGCGCGCACACAGGCACACUCACGCCCAUAUGAAUAAUAUAUAUUCAAGAACACUCACAUCAUAUAUAUUACUGCACACACGCAAAUUUACAAUACACACACACACAAAAACACACACACAAACACACACUCGGUGUUUCUAUUAAGAAAUAAACUCUGGUAUAACUUUUAGUUAAAAAGUCUAAAAUAUGUGUUGAAUAUUUUUGUAAGAAAACAAGAAAUGUACGGUAGGGAUGUAAUGUUAACAUCACCCUGUCAAGAAUGAGAAAAUAUUGGAAAUAAAACUUUGUU